AACAAUUUCCACGUCUCCCCACAUCUUUUGUUUCCAUGUGCAGGAACCUCUCUCUCACCACCACCCCUCCUAUAUUACCUGCGCCCCGGCCACUCCCUCUUGCUCUUGCUCUAGCUCCCUUCAGUCUUCACCGCCUCCCUCUCCGUCCCGUCUUUGUGUAAAAGAGCGGUGCGGGGACUCCUGCGGCGAAGACACCAUGGGGGAGAUCACCAAUGUCACGGAGUACCAAGCCAUCGCAAAGCAGAAGCUUCCCAAGAUGAUCUACGACUACUACGCCUCCGGUGCCGAGGACGAGUGGACUCUCAAGGAGAACAGGGAGGCCUUCUCCAGGAUCCUGUUCCGCCCUCGCAUACUGAUCGACGUCUCGAAGAUUGAUAUGACCACAACAGUUCUGGGGUUCAAGAUAUCAAUGCCCAUUAUGAUUGCUCCCAGUGCUAUGCAGAAAAUGGCUCACCCAGAUGGGGAGUACGCAACUGCGCGGGCAGCAUCAGCAGCAGGAACUAUCAUGACACUGUCAUCAUGGGCUACUUCAAGCGUUGAGGAGGUUGCCUCAACCGGGCCAGGAAUCCGUUUCUUCCAGCUAUAUGUGUACAAGAACAGGAAAGUGGUGGAGCAGCUGGUCAGGAGAGCCGAGAGGGCUGGGUUCAAGGCGAUCGCGCUCACCGUGGACACUCCGCGCCUCGGCCGUCGCGAAGCGGACAUCAAGAACAGGUUCGUUCUGCCGCCAUUCCUGACACUGAAGAACUUUGAGGGUCUGGACCUUGGCAAGAUGGACCAGGCCAAUGAUUCUGGGCUGGCGUCGUACGUUGCUGGACAAAUCGACCGCACCCUAAGCUGGAAGGAUGUCAAGUGGCUGCAGAGCAUCACCUCGCUGCCGAUUCUGGUCAAGGGAGUGAUCACUGCAGAGGACGCGAGGCUCGCCGUCCACUCCGGCGCGGCUGGCAUCAUCGUGUCGAACCACGGCGCGCGUCAGCUGGACUACGUCCCGGCCACCAUCAGCGCCCUCGAGGAGGUCGUGACGGCCACGCAGGGGCGCAUCCCGGUGUACCUUGACGGCGGCGUCCGCCGUGGCACCGACGUCUUCAAGGCCCUCGCCCUGGGCGCCGCCGGCAUCUUCAUCGGGAGGCCGGUGGUGUUCGCGCUGGCGGCGGAGGGCGAGGCCGGCGUCCGGAACGUGCUGCGGAUGCUGCGGGAGGAGUUCGAGCUCACCAUGGCGCUCAGCGGCUGCACGUCGCUCGCCGACAUCAACCGCAGCCACAUCCUCACCGAGGGCGACCGCCUCCGCCCCACGCCCAGGUUGUGAACGCCCCCCUUGCCGGCCGCUACGUACCAAGCUCCUCGCCUAUCAAUCAACGAUGCCCCGACGGCGGGCCGGUGAGCUCGCCGUACGUGCAUGCAAAUAAUCCGCACCCUGUACUUAUGUGGUGACGUUAAAAAUUAGCGCCAGAUCGAUGGUGUUUCCGGCCGGCCGGUGGGUGGAUGGAUUGAUGGAUGAUUUUGCAGGUGGACGUCUUAUAAAUUCGGUCGUGUUUGCAUCAUCCGUGGACAAUACGAACUUGUGAUCGGAUCUUAUAUUUACUAUGUAUACCCGUUCUACACUUACAAGUUUGUGCUUUGCUUGCAA